AUGGAGUCUGACGAAUCGGACGCUGAAUCUGAAACGCCUUUGCCUAAAGCGACAGCAAUGAAGAAAAAACAAACCAUCCAAACCGCCGAAGUCUUGAUCGAGAAGAAAAGAACAAAAGACAUGAUUCACGAGGCUCUCGGCGAACUGAAGACCAGAAAAGGCGUUUCAUUAUACGCCAUCAAGAAAUACAUCACCGAAAAAUACAGAGUUGACGCCGACAAAAUUAAUUAUCUAAUUAAGAAGCAAAUUAAGAACGGCGUAAUUGACGGCGCUAUCGUACAGACGAAAGGCGUUGGAGCCACUGGCUCGUUCAAACUGGCUCCCAUCAAAGAAAAGAAGAAGCAGACCCCACUAAUGCAGAAUGAAAACGAAAAAGCAGUGAAAGAAAAAAAGAACGCCAAUAAAAAGAAAAAAGAAACAGAAAAAAAUAAACCGAUCCCCGAGGAUAACAAACAGAAGCCGGUUCUUCCCAAAGAGAAAAUUGUGAAACCGAGAAGCAAGAAGACAGAUGAGAAUCAAUUGAAAAUCACGAAAGCGAACACGAAAAAAUCGUCGAAAGACAAAAUGGCGGCCGGAGAGGCCGCGGACGCGCCGAAAAGAAAAAAAACAAAAUCGUCCAAAGACGCGCAAACUCCCGCCAAAAAGAAGUCCAUGCUGAUGAGAAGGAAAAGCAUAGGGAAUAUUAUUAAACCGCCAAAAAUGAAACCUAAGGCUCACGAUUAG